AUCCUGUGGUUGAGAUAAGUCCACAGGAAUUGCCUGUUGGAAUAUUUAACUACAGGAAUCCAUAACACGCCCUUAUGUCUGGGAGAAAACUGUUGUAACUGUUCAGAGUGACGGAGGUCUUGUCGCCUAUAGGUACCUGCGUGUUUGAUAGGAGCUGAAAACCGAGAAGAACACAAAGCUAUCUGAAAAUAAUGGACAUUGAAAGCAUCAAAGGGAAUCAUUCGUCUAUUCGAACAGCAUACUUCAUGUUUCUUCUGUGAUGGCAGAAAAUGUGGUGGGGGACUCUGGGUACAAUCCGGCCUUUCCCUGGCUUUAACCCUGAGGUUGAUGCCCGUGACAUUCAAGCAGCCUUGGAUAAAAAAGAUGUGGGCACUUUGGUGAGAAUCCUGACCAAUCGAAAUAAUGCCCAGAGACAAAAAGUUGCAGAGGCCUUCCAGCAAGUCUCCCAGAAGGACCUGAGCCCAGCUCUGAAAAAGAUUCUUUCAGGACCCCUGGAAGACCUGAUGCUGGCUCUGAUGAUGACCCCAGCUCAGUUUGAUGCCCACCGCCUGCGUCAGGCAAUGGAGGGUAUGGGCACUGACGAGGAGGGGUUAUUGGCGGUCCUAUGCACCCGGACAGGGCCACAGUUAAAGGACACCAUGGUGGCUUACAAGAAAGCCUUUGGACGCUAUCUGGAGAAAGACUUGGAGAGUGAGACCAGCAAAGAUUUCACCAAGCUUGUCCUGGGCCUUGUGAUGAAAGAGGAAAGAAACCCAACAGGACUAAUCGACUAUCACCUGAUGGGUGAGGACGUAAAGGCUCUCGCUGCAGCAAUAACUGGUAAGAAAACUGACACGGCCCCAUGGAUACAGAUAUUAACAUCACGAGACCAAGAUCAUCUCAAUAGAGUGUUUGAAAGACUACAAAUGUUAAAAGGAGAGACAAUGGAGAAAAUGGUCCAGAAUCACUUCUCAGGAGAUUUCAAACUUGGUCUGCGCAUAUUAGUGCAAUGCAUCCAGAACACUCCGCUGUAUCUGGCUCAGCGCCUGCAUGGUUCCAUGAAGAAAAGCAACAUAGUUCGUGGAAUAAUGGUGGGCCGCAGUGAAGAUGACUUACUUUGUGUGAGGAGAGAGUUCAAAAAACUUGCCAACACUUCUCUGUACUCCACAAUUGAGAAAGAGUUUAAAGGGGAUCUGCAAAAAGCUCUGUUGGCACUGUGUCGAUCAGAGGACCUGUAGAGGAGGAAGGAGGAAUAUGAGAAUCCUGUUUACAGCAUAUUUAUUUUGUACAUGUAUUCUCCAUAAAUAAAUGUACAGUUUGAGUCUG